ACACAAGCACGGCAGGUCGGCUGUGUCACCUGGCAGCGUUUAUUGGCAGCGAGUAGGUAUUUUAGUGUGAGAGAGCAGCUCCGACUCCCUCCAAGCCACCACACGCACGCCAGCACCCGCGCCCCUCGCCACGCCGCGGCUUACGGGGAGGCGACACACGCGGUGCGCCGGGUGAGUGUGUUCAAGUGUGCAGGGACGCGGCGGCCGUCAAUUGUUCGCCGCCGCCUAGCUCGGCUGUGCCACGGUGAAGACAUCGAUCCUUGGCUCUGUGCGAAUAGACUGUGCCGCACCGGUGCACGUGCAGGCGCAGCCCUCAGCCCCACCACCUGUGCGCGCGUGUCCAUGGGCAGCAGCAGGGCCACGGUGUAGCGGCGGAGUGGUGUCGUGUCCCUGAGGGCGUGAGGCGGGAUGGAGGGCGGCGGGAGGUGCGGCCAAUGCGGCGCCGCGGCCUCACUGAGGUGCGGCGGCUGCAGCGUCGUCCACUACUGCAGCAAGGAGCACCAGCGGCAGCACUGGCCCGCCCACAAGACCCAGUGCUGGCCCUUCACGUUAGUGACGGACCCUGACGUGGGCAGACACUUGGUGGCUUCUCGCAACCUGAAGGAGGGGCAACUAGUGAUCCGUGAGGCCCCCGUGGCACUGGGCCCCACUUCGGAAUCCUUCCCCAUCUGCCUGGGGUGCCACACCCCCAUCAAGGAGGAGGAGGACUUGCCCCGUUGCCCCGCCUGCUCGUGGCCGCUCUGCUCCAAGGAGUGCGCCGCCGCGCCGCGCCACCAGGCCGAGUGUGCCGUGCUGGCCACGGACACCAAGGGGUUGGCGACUCCCAAGAGCUACUCCAAGACACCGCGCUACGACUUGAUAAUGGUCCUGCGGUGCCUGCUGCUGCAGCAGACCAACCCAGAGGCCUGGAAGAAGGUGCUCGUCAUGGAGAGCCACGCGGAGCGGCGGCGGGAGGAGAAAGAGCCGCACACGGAGAGCGCCGUCGUUUACUUAAGUCAGAUCCUGGACACGGGCUGGGACGCGGAGACGGUGCGCCAUGUGCACGGCGCCAUCAUCACCAACGCCAUCAACACCGUGGGGCCGCAGAGACAGGCGCUGCGGGGCCUCUACACCACGCUGUACCUCAUGAACCACUCCUGCUGCCCCAACAUUACUAUCCGCUCGGAUGCAGACUCUACCGUGUACGUGCACGCCGCCGUGCCCAUCAAGAAGGGCGAGCCGAUCCUCUUCAGCUACGUGCCGCCCUCCGACCCGCUGUGGCGACGGCAGGGCGACCUAAGUGGCCUCUACUACUUCCGGUGCACGUGUGAGCGGUGCACCGACCACACGGAGCUAGGCACCUACUUCUCCCACCCGCGGUGCCCCAAGUGCUCCGAGGGAUUCCUGGAGCCUUACGAGGGAGCAGGACGCGCCUGGUCCUGCCCGGAGUGUGGGGAGGAGCGGCCCGAAGAGGAGGUGGCGCGCGAGGCUGAGAAGUUCGCACAGCGGGUCCAGGACGAAGGCACGACGGCGGAGGCGACGCUGCGGCUGCUGGACACCGCCGCCAACACCUACCACAUGAACCACUUCGUGUGGCUCACGGCCGCCCAGAUGGUACUGCAGCGGCUCGUUGACCCCACGGCGCGCACCCUCAGCCUCCGGCGGGACGUGUGGCGACGCCUGAUCGGGCUGUACCAGCGGCUGGAGCCCGGCGUGACGCGCAGGAAAGGUGUGUCGCUCCUGAACGCUGCCCUGUUGGAGAAGGAGGCGGCGGCGCUGGAGGUGGCAGCUGCGGGCAACAAGCCGCCACCGCCGGGCUUCGAUGAGGGAUUGAAUCGCACCGUCGCCAUGCUGGACCAAGCCAUCAAGAUUCUGGAGCUGGAGCCGCCGGAGUCCACGGAGCUGCGGUGGCUGCAGACGGCGCGAGAUGAGCGGCAGCAAGUGUGUGAACUGAUCGUAGCGCUGGGCGGGGCGGUGGUCGGGGAGUGAACGUCCCGGCACCCCCUGAGGACACCCCCGCCCGCGGCACACAGCCCCUCCCCCCCCCCCACCCGUGCAGCCCCUGCAGCGCUGCCUUCGGUCCCCACUCUUUAGAGGAGGCUGGAGGGUGCCCAGAGGAAGCAGCAAAAGCUGUCAUUAGGAGCCCCUGAAGAGGCUCGCCGGCGGGCGCACGCAACGAAUUCCUUGUAUAAAAGUAUUCACCUUUCCAAGUGUUUCCUUCCCCUCCAGCAUCCUUCUCUCUCCUCCUCCCCUUCCAAAAGGUUGAGAAACAAACACACAGACACACACAGUGACGUCAGAAAACACGCAACACAGCCCCAACACAGCGCGGGGCAGCUCGUCACGAUGCCCACGUGAUGAUUAGAUAAAAACAAGAUAAUAAAAAUGAGAUAAAAGGCAACGGGCGAUAGGCGGCAGGAAACGAUAAGAACGCAAUGUUAUGACGUCACGAGUGAGAGGAAACCCCCACACUGACAUUCCCUACACGCCGCAGCCCCCGCGCCGCGCCCACACUCGCCUGUGCACCACUUAACAAUUCACAGUGUCAAUAAGGCUGUCCCUAAUAGUCAUUCCCACGCAGUCCUGCCGCGCGCCGGACUUCCCGACUGACGCAAGCGAGGCAGCGAGGCCGGCGGGUGCUCCAAGUGACACGCCGCUCUGUGUUGACUUAGGGUGUGAGGGUGACCAUGACACCACUGCACCGUCAGCACCCUUUCUCCCCAUAACCAUUUCCUCUCUCUCUCUCUCUCUCUCUCUCUCUCUCUCUCUCUCUCUCUCAUUCCUCCCACCUGUGUAUUCUCUCUACAUUUCUUAGUCUUUAUCUCUCUCCCACUUAUGUUUUUAUCUCUUAUAAUACUUCCUCCUCUUUUCCUGUCUCUCCAUUCCCUCUCCCUUUCCACCCUUCUUCCCCUUUAUCUUUUUCUCCCACUCAUCUCUUUAUCUCCAACCACUUCCUCCUCUUCCUCUGUUCCUCUUCUUCCCUUCCUCCUUUCCACCUGUCUUCCCCUUUAUCUCCCUCCUCCAACUCAUAUUUACCACCCAUACCAUUUCCUCCUCUCCUCCAGCCCCUCUUCUUCCCCUCUUCAUUUUUACCUGUGUACCUAUUCUCUCUACCUUUUCUUCAUUCUUCCCUUCGUCUACCCGCAACCACUCAUAACACUUCACUCCUGUCCCCUUGAAAAAAAAUAAUUAGGUGAGUGAAAGGAUAUAUUUUCGGAUUCAUCGGUAAUUCUGCGCUCUCCCUUUUCGACUGAUAAAGGAAAUGAGUUAAAUCUGGCUUGGUAAUAGUUUGUCCUUCGUGGGAGAUUUAGGUAAAGACGCCGAAGACAAGUAAACGGAGAGGAGGAAAGGAAAACAGACAAAGGGUAUAGAGACGAAAAUAAAGGAGAAGAGAGAAGGAAAGAAAUGGAAAUGAGUGGAUGCGGGAAGGGAAAGUUUGAUAAAUAUAAGAACCGGACGCAAGGGAUGAAGAAAAUAGAUAAGUUAUUGAGGUACGUGAGAAGGGGAGGGAAAAAAUAAGUAACAACGAACUGACUCAAAUAUGUGAACAAGAAUAUGAAAUCGAAAAAAAAAAACUAAAGGAAACGAGAAAAUAAGAAAUAAGUAAAAGACGAAAGAGAAAUACAAGAAACAACAACAAACAAGAAGAGAAAAUAGGAAGAAAAUAAAGAAAACGAGAAAAUAUAAAUAAAUUAUACAUAAAAAAACAAGAAUAUAAAUAAGAAAAAUAAAGAAAACGAGACAAUUAAGGAACAAAUGAAAAACAAAAGACAAACAAAACGAAGGAAAAAAAAAAAUAGAAAGACUUAGAAUGUAUAUAUAUAUAAAAAAAAAAAUCAGUGCACAGUAAAAAAAUGGACAUCGUUAGGACGAGAGAAAAAACGGGAAAAUGUGAAAACGUCCUAAAAGUGAUGAUGGAUGUGUGUGUAUGUGUGUGUGUGUGUGUGUGUGUGUGUGUGUGUGUGUGUAAUAAUGCUGAGCGGGAGGGUUGCCAACCUAAUGUCACUCAUCCCCUCUUAAACAUACACACACACACACACACACAACUAUAUAUGCCUUCCAAGAACAACACCUACUAUACUACACCACUACCACCACCACCACUACUACUACUACUACUACUACUACUACAACCACUACUACUACUACGACAGAAAAAGACGAGAGCAAAUCCGUAUCGUGGCGAGAUUAGCAGCGAACCAAAUAAAGAAAAAAAAAGUGAGAUACGAGAUUCGACGGGCAGGUGAACGGCGAUAGUAGGAAGGUGAAGGUGAGCUGCUUUGGCAUACCUGAGAUUACAGUGAAAGAUGAACACACGAACACUGACUUGAGGAAACGCGAACACGUAUGAAUAAAGUUUAAACGGGUGAAUGGAAAAAGAAGUAAACUAUCCGGUAAGAGAAGAGAGAAGGAAGGAAGGAAAGAAGCAGCAAAAUGAAUAUAAGAAAAAAGAAAGGAAUGAAAGGAAGGAGGACAGAAAGAAAGUUGACAAAAGUAAACAAAUAAAAUCACACACACACACACACAUACACACACACACACACACACACACACACACACACACACACACACACACACACACAGGAAAA